AUGCCAGUCGGGGAGAUUCCGGAAAGUGUAAUUAUCCCUCCCGCUAAGGUUAAGGAGACAAUAGAGAAAACUGCUGGAUAUAUUGCGAGAAAUGGCCAGCAGUUUGCCAGUAGAUUGUUGCGGGAAUCGGGCGAUAAGUUUUCCUUCUUGAAGCUCGAUGACCCAUUCUUUGGUUACUACCAAUUCUGUUUAAAAGAUUAUCGGGAAAAUAGCAGUACUAAUGCUAAUAAGAGUGCUGCACCAGCAAAAGAUACCAACCAAGUUGCCAAUGACAAUAAAGAGAAACCGCCUAUCCCAGAUGAGUUCCAGUUCAUGUUCAAGCUACCGUAUGCCAACGCUUCGGACCUUGAAACCAUCAAAAUAUCAGCAUUGACCUGUGCUGUCAAUGAUAGUGAAGAAUAUUUCAAGAAUUUCAAGAAACAUGUCUUUGAAUUGAACCAGCCGCAAUUUGAGUUCCUCAAUGACAACCACAGAUUGAACCCUGUUUUCCAAAAAUUUGUCGAGCAAUACAAAAAUUGCAUCCAUCCCCCUCAAAAAUUAAUAGAGAAAGUGAAUUCUGUGGAUGGUGAUGAUUAUAAAUUAACCAGAUAUCUUUUAGAAAAGUCAUAUCUUCGGGCCGAACACAACUCUAAAUUACAAAAUGAUGCACAAAAGGCCAAACAAGCUGAAGAAAACGCCAAAUUAGAGUAUGCAAUGAUUGAUUGGGGAGAUUUCAAAAUCGUUACGACAGUGGAAUUCACAGAAACUGAUAAGUUUAGCGAAUUACCGUUACCAAUAAAUAAGAAUGAUUUGAUUUACCGGUCUCUACAACAGAAGAAAGCCAAUAGUUUACUUGAAGAAGCGCCUCCUGAUUUUACCAACGACGAAUCUUACAUUCCUAAACCCCCCAAAAAAUCAAGUGCUUCACAACCUGCGCCAUCGCAAGAAGAAAAUGUAGACACAAUAUCACAGAAACCAAUUGCCCCUCCAAGAAGAGGGAUGAAAAUUAAGAGUGCCGGGGAAACUCGAUUGAAGAAGGGUGGUAAUAGAUCACAAAAUCAGGAAAGUCUACAACCGCCACAGCAGAAACCCGGAGUUUUGUCAAAUGUCAAACUUGUUAAAAGUCCAAUUACAGGGGAGCUUAUUCCAGAAGAUAAGUUUGAUCUUCAUAUGAAGAUUGUGCUCCGUGACCCGAAAUAUGAACAAGAAAAGCAAAACUAUUUGCGUAAGAAUGCGGUGCCUUCUAAUAUCACUGAUAACGAAGUAUUUGCAAACAUCAAGAGACUCAGAGGUGAGGAAAUUGGUGAUAUCAAUGACACCAAGAGAGUCAAGUUGCAAUGGGAUGGUUAUAGUAAUACUGCAAAGAGUAUCCAGGAGUUAGCAGAUAAGCAGAUAAGUCCUGAGGAAAUGGAGAAGAUUAAAAAUGAAAGAUAUGAGAAGGAAAACAAGAUUGGUCCACAGUUUUGA